UUUUUUCUUUUUUUUUUUCUUUUUCCUUUCUAUAUUCUUUAUUUAUAAUCAUGGCUUUAUCUCCUCUAUAUAUUGGUCAUCGUCUUGGUGCUGCCAGUGCCCCUCAUACGCUUGAAGUUUAUUUAGAUUACGUGUGCCCAUUCUCUGCAAAGAUAUACAAAUCUCUUCGUACUCAAGUUCUUCCUUGGUUAGAAAAAGAACAUCCCAACAAGGUCCAAUUCGUCUUUCGCCAUCAAGUUCAACCUUGGCAUGCCAGCUCUACAUUAGUCCAUGAGGCAGCAUUGGUGGUGGAACGACUGAGCCCUGAUGAUUUUUUGACGUUUUCGGAUUAUCUAUUUGAACAUCAACGCGAUUAUUUUGACGAAGCGGUGGAAGCGAAAACGAGACGACAACUUGUUGAACAGAUUUCUCACUUGAUUGUCUCCACAACACCAGGUUUGGACCAGGAAAAGAUCAUCCAUGCACUGGCCAAUGGUACGACAGAUCCUGCUUCGGCAACCAAUAAGGGGAAUAGUGUAUCGGCUGAUCUAAAAUGGCAUAUUCGAUUUGCUCGUCAAAACGCUAUUCAUGUCAGUCCUACUGUUGCUUGGGAUGGUCUUCGUGAUGAUGCUGUAUCUUCUGGAUGGUCUCUCUCUCAAUGGCAAGAUUAUUUUACUUCCAAGCUGUGAACUCAUUGAUCCAUUUUAUUUUAGUAUUUAGUGUUUAUAUAAAACAUUAGUCUUCUUUAUCUCAAUUUAUCAUUGUCAAUAAAAAAAAAAGUAUCAAACAAUCAAGUAAUUUU